GGGUGUCCCCCGACUAACGGGCGUCAUCCCUCAACUAAAACAGCGCUCCCCUUCCCCGCAUUGGCAUUUCCAGGGGAGCUUCGUCCCUGAAGCGGCAGCUUGACGUUCAGCCCCACACUCCCACAUCCAGCUUCAACGUCAGCACGGGAAAAAGGUGUAGCAUCGUGAGACGAUCUGGAAAAUCACAGUCUCGCCUUGUUGAGCAGCGUGGGACGAAUGUUUUUGUUUUGAUCCAUUGUAGAUCUUCAAAUCUUGAUCCAAAGUUCAGACCCCUGCCUGAAUGGUCCGUUGAACCUCGUAAUCCGCUGAAUCGAGCUCCAUUGGUUGAACAUCCCAUCCCAUUCUGGAUCUUGCUCAAAAAAACUGAAAACACCAUGCUUGCAUCUCGAGCUUUCCUGCGCGUCGCCUUAAGUCGACCAAGAGUAUCAAUCGUGUCGAUAGUACAAUUUCGCAGAAACAUGGGCUCCGUCAGUGCAAUCGAUUCGAGUAUUUUCCGGUCCUUAUUCGGAACAGAGGAAAUCAGGAAGGUCUUCGACGACAAAGCCUACAUAAACCGCUGCAUCGACGCCGAAACAGCCCUCGCCCGCUCACAAUCACAAUGCGGCGUCAUACCCUCCCACAUCGGCUCAGCCAUAACCUCCAGCGCAGUCAGCUCGAAACUCGACCUCGAAAAACUAGCCCGCGAGACUGAAAUUGUCGGAUAUCCCAUCCUGCCUCUCGUCACGCAACUAGCGGCCAUGUGUGAUGAGGAAGCAGGACGAUAUGUGCAUUGGGGAGCUACCACGCAGGAUAUCAUGGAUAUCGCGAGUGUGCUACAGAUGAAGACUGGACUGGAUAUCGUGGAGAGGUUGCUGGGGGAUGUGAGUAAGAGCUUAGAGGCCCUGGCGGAGAAGUAUAAAGAUACACCUAUGGCGGGGAGAACGCAUUUACAGCAUGCGUUGCCAGUCACAUUUGGAUAUAAAUGUGCUGUUUGGCUGUCGAGUUUACAGAGACAUCAAGAACGGCUGAAACAAUUACGACCUAGAGCUCUACUGGUGCAGUAUGGAGGCGCGGCAGGGACUCUUGCUUCACUUGGAAGUGGUGAUGACGGGCUAAGAGUGAGGAAACAGCUAGCGAAAGAGUUGGACCUUGUCAAUCCCUCAAUAACAUGGCAUGUAGCCCGCGAUGGCGUUGCCGAAAUCGUCAACUUCCUCUCUCUCGUAGGAGGAUCGCUCGGAAAGUUGGCUCUUGAUCUGAUCAUCAUGUCCUCGAACGAACUCGGCGAGGUAUCUGAACCAUUCGUCCCACACCGAGGAGCGUCCUCCACGAUGCCGCAGAAACGCAAUCCCAUCUCCAGCGAAGUCAUUCUCGCUGCCUCGAAAAUCCUCAGAUCAAAUGCUAGUCUGGUGUUGGAUGGUAUGGUAUCUGAUUUCGAGCGAGCUUCUGGACCUUGGCAUCUAGAAUGGGUGGCUAUCCCUGAGAGUUUCGUCAUCGCGGUUGGUGCAUUGCACCAGGCUGAUUUCGCACUGAGUGGUUUGGUUGUUAAUACUGAGCAGAUGGGCAAAAAUUUGAGAUCUACGCAAGGUCUAAUUGUUGGUGAAGCAGUCAUGAUGGGACUUGCUCCAUAUCUUGGUAGAGGGAAGGCUCAUGAUGUCGUGUACGAAGCUUGCAAAGAGUCGAUUGAAGGAGCAGGGACACUCUUCGACUGUUUGGUGAAGAAGAAGGCGGUCACAGACUCGUUGGAUGAAGAGAAGCUGAAAGCUCUCUGUGAUCCAUUCAAUUACUUGGGAGCUUCUCAGCAAAUGGUUGACGAUGUCUUAGCUCUAAGAACAUAAUAAACAAA